UGGCUCAUUCCGUUUGGAUAACGUCUCGGAUGAAGGGACUCUGCUUUGAGUGUCAAAAUUUUGUGUGUGUUUUUUUUUUUUGUGACACCCUCACCCCCAACGAAAAUGCGUCGAUCCAUUCCGAGACGCUACGGGGUGGCACUGAAGCCUGGCCUCCACCAACUGCAUCACUUUCCACAGCCAGCGGCACAGCCGCAGCAGAGCUUACUGAAUCGGCGCCAGACGGAGCGGAGCCCGAGGAGCAACCAGCCACAGGCCCUGGCCAACAGGCAGGCGCCGGCCAACAAUGAGCCAGCAAUGGUGCAAGAUGAGCCAGAGAAGGUGGAAAAGUUUAUGCGACGUUGCUACAUGGCGGCUGGAAUGUUUGUGUUCGUCGCCUGCUGGCACUGGAUGAUCAUCUCGGAGACCCUCAAGCCGAAUGUGGCCUAUAUACUGGCCGGAUUUCUGUGCCUGCUGUUGGCCUUCCUCACGCUCAUUGUGCUCAACACUUGUGUGCGCUUGCGCCGGAACUGUUGGUUCAAUUGGAUUGUGGCCUGGCUGUUCGUGGAGCUCACCGCCAUGGGUGUGGGUCUGGUGCUGGUGGAGCGCACCCUGAUGACCGUUUGCCUGGCGCUCAUCGUCUGCCUGACGCUGCUCUUUCUCUGCUACUCGCUGGGCACCUGGCUGCCCAUGUUCCUGCUGCCCGGAGAGAUCUCCAUGUGCAUGUGCCUGAUACUCUUCACAGUGGCCAGUAUUAUUGUGAUAUCGCUGUAUAUAGCCACCGAUAAUCCCAUAUAUCACACCAUAUACUUUUCGCUGCUGUGCGCAAUAUUGGUGCCCGCCAGCGUCUAUCAUGCAGAGGUUGUGCACGGCAGACGCUUCUAUCUGCCGCCCCAUGAGUUUGUCUACUGUGCCAUUACGGUCUAUGUGCAUGCCCUGAUGUUCUUUGUGUCCAUUUACUAUCUGAUGUGGAUACACGCCGAUUGAUGCGGAAAUAAACCAAAAAAAGCCCAGAGGAGGAUUCUAUUUCUAUUAUUGGAUGUCUCAGCUGUAGCAGUCUCAGUUUGAAUUGUCAUUGACAGAGCUGAAGCCUUCAAACUG